CGAGGCGUUUAAAUACAAGAACUACAAAUGAUGGCGCUACCUCAAACCCUUCUGUCGUUUCCCUGGCCAACUUCGUCGUUCCAGCAUGGGUCAAACCUGGUCUCUCUAUUUUCCACCCGCACCGAAAUUCAAUGUCUCGGACAUCCCUGAUCUGUCGGGCAAGGUCAUGAUUGUGACUGGUGGCAGCUCUGGAAUUGGAAAAGAGAUCGUUCGAGGACUUGUUUCACAUAAUGCGAAGGUCUACUUGGCGGCUCGCAGCGCUGAAAAGGCAAACGCUGCGAUUGAAGAGCUGAAAAAAGACACGGGCAAGGAGGCGCAAUUCCUGCAAGUCGACCUGGCGAGUGUGAAGAGCGUGCGACGCGCUGCAGAAGAGUUUCUAGGCAAAGAGCAACAGCUUCAUGCUCUCAUAAACAAUGGUGGAGUUAUGUUCUUAACUGCUACACCAGAGUCCCAGGCCAUCACGGAGGAUGGAUAUGAUAUCCAAUGGGGCACAAACGUUGUUGGGCCCUUCUACUUCACACAACAGCUCAUGCCCGCACUCCUUGCUGCUGCGGAAAACUCGCCUGAUAAGAAGGCUCGCGUGUUAUUCACGUCGUCUAUCGUACAAUCGGAUGAUAUCAACUUCGAGACGACCAAAGAUACUCCUGCACGGAAGAAAAUGUCAGCGAGCAACCGCUACGGACAGUCCAAAUUCGCGAAUGUGGUUCUUGCUCGCGAAUUGGCACGUCGCUACGGGGACAAAGGGAUCGUGUCAACUUCCCUUUACCCAGGCGGAAUUAAGACAGAUCUCCAACGACACUUGCCCAAACUGACCCGUAAGAUUCUUGAUCUGGCACUUCACCCUGCUCCAAUGGGCGCUCUCACUGCAUUAUGGGGAGCUACUUCGCCUGAAGCGGCAGACCUGAACGGCAAGUAUUUGGUUCCAUGGGCAAGAGUUGGGGUCCCCAGCGUCGCUUCGCAGAAACCGGAAUUGGGUGAGAAGCUAUGGUCAGAACUUGAGGAACAAGUGAAGGGGAAGUAAUCAGCCAGUGACGUCCGUCCGGCAACGAUGGUCCAGAUGCUCUAUUGACUUCUGCAAAGAUUGGUGCACGUUGCUUUUUGAAAUCUUUCAUCAUACUUCGCGGCAAUUUGUUUAGAUACCUUUACAUAGUUCGUUUUGAGUCUGCUAUUUCCUUAUAAACUUACUGCACUCAUUUAUGACUGGGUGCAAACCUUCGUUUGAAA